CUACAGCUCAGAAAGCGGAAGGAAAAUAAACCGAACGACGUAGGCAACUACAUGGCUUCCCAUUCAGGCAAAUUAGUGGUGGCGUUUGUCGUCAUCGCCAUACUGACACUCCAUGUAGCAGGAAAAGUGUUCAGUGUCAGCAAUUCUCAAAUCGGCAAUAAACGCACCAUUAGUGACAUCCAAUUUGAUGGAACGAUGGGUAAGAUUCAAGACUGCAUUGACAACUUGAAAGAGCCUGGGGAUGAAUGUGUCAUUCAGCCCGGUAACUACCACGAACAGGUGACCAUUACUAACAAGUUCGGAAGCGAAGAGUCUCCGAUCGUUAUCCGAGGUGAUCCGAACGCUUUGACGAAGCUAGACGGUACCGUGCCUCUACGGCCCGAGAAAUGGGAGAAAAUGGACAACGGGGCUUAUAAGGCUGUCAUACAUCAUGACAUAACCCAGCUUUUUAUAGACGACGAAAUGAUGACCAAUGCACGCUGGCCGAAUUCUUUGUGGUCUGACAAAACAAUAUUUAACAGCAAGUUCUGGGCUAAGUCCGCUAGGAGUUCUACGCGCGGGCUCAUGAUAGAUGGAGGCCAGCAUAAACUGGCCGACAGCGGGUUCAAUGUAACUGGGGCGAUGGCUGUACUGAAUGUUGGGAGUUUUUGUACUUUUACUAGAAAAGUACUAAGCCACGGAAAAGCAAAAGACAGGUUCACCUAUAAAGAUGACUUUGGAGCCAAUUUGAACUUUAAACCGAAGAACAACCAAUAUUUCUUGGAAAGUAAAUUAGAAUUCCUUGACAAUCCGGGUGAGUGGUUCUACGAGAAGAAAAAUGGCGUUGGAACCUUAUAUGUCAUGACCAUGGACGGAAAAUCUCCCGAGGACAGAAACAUUAGAGGAAAGGUUCAAGAAGUCGCCUUUCAAAUUACAAGCUCUGCGUACGUCAUCUUCAAAGAUCUGACAUUUUUCGCGACGACAUUACAAGCGCGGUCCUCCAACAAACUGGAAUUUCGCUCGAUUAACUUCAGUUACCCCACGUACAAUCGGCGCAUGCUCGGAGACACGACGCCGCCUCAAUGGACGAAGAUAAUGUCCGGACAAGGCUCGAUGAAGUUCAUUAACAACACUAUGUACGGAACAGAUGGCAUUGCAUUGGAGUAUCAGGGUGCCAAUGAUCUGGUGGAGAAUAAUUUUUUUGAGUACAACGAUUGGAGUGGCGCAAAUAUGAACGUUGCUGGGGGAGGGGCAGGAACGGUGCUUUCCCAAAGUAUCGGUGACACGUUUAUCAGGAACACUCUGCGUAACAACGGCGCCAGCGUCGGAUUCCGUUCGGGAUAUAAAUCACAUGCUAAACUCAACGACAUCAGCCGAACCUGUUAUGGUAUGAUCCAACACGACGGCAGUGGAAUACAAGUUCAGGUGAAACGUCAAACAGAGGUGCUGUUGGAGCAAAACUGGAUUUACGACAGUCCCAAAUAUGGACUUCGCUUCGACGGGGCUCCUCCUAACAUCGGGAGACACGGCACCAUGAGGAGGAAUGUUAUUAGGAAGACCAACGGGAUGAUGGUGAAAGGAGAUAACCACACUGUGGAUCAUAACUUGAUCUUCCACAAAUUCACGAAGGGAGGCGACCACGAUGGACAAGGAAGUAAAUGCAACCUUUGCGUGCUUUGGUAUGUCAGAAAAAAUCCAGUGUCAAUCAAUCAUAAUACCCUUGUCGAGUACAACGCGGCAGACAUCGCCAAUGGCGGCGUACACAACAAGAAAUUAUACCCCUUGAGCGGUGAACUAAAAGACAACAUCAUUGGUGACGUGCGAACGGAACUAAUGGACCCAGACAACAUGGACUUCCGACCUCAACCAGAAUCCGCCUACAUCCAAAACAACGUGGGUCCCUACAGCUUUGAGGAGACGAAGACAAAGUACUGGAUCCCUGGAAGGCAGCUGUACAAAGCCAGCAAUCCAGUCCCUCCAAAUGGCUCCAUUACCGUAAAAGCGGACAAACGCGACGUGUUGAUGUGGUUGAAUGGGUUUGAGGCGGCCACCCAUUUUGUUUACCUUGGAACUUCGGCUGAUGCCUUAAAGCGACAGGGCGUGGCAAGAAAUGGAGACAACGUCCUGAAAAUUCGGCAAAAGCUGAAAAGUGGCACGAAAUACUACUGGCGGGUAGAUGCUAGGGUGAACACAAAGGUUAAUUAUGAGGGCGACUUGUGGUCCUUUGAAACGAUAUAAUAAAUAGAGGAAGAGAAGGCAGUAAGCAAUGAUGCCUUGAGCAACAAGAAAAAUAAA